GGUCACUCGAACCCCCAGAACUGAGCCUCGACUUUAGUCAAUCCUCUUUAGUUUUGAAUUUAAGCGGUAUAUUUACACGGCUGAAAGAAUAAUUUUUUCCCUACUCCAGACAUCUUGGACUUUUUUUGCCGAUUUUAAAACCGCAUAACCUCGAAAAACAAGUUGUUCAUUCAAAUAUUGAGUCGGUUGAUUAAUGGUUGAUUGAGUCAUGGCAUCGAUUCAAAAUUUAGAAGAAGUCAUGGAGAAGCAAUUGCAGGUGAUGAAGCAGCUGCAGACGGUCACGGUGUUCCUCCAGAAUAAAGAGGGAUUGAGAGAGGCUCUCCUCGAGGCCCAGCAGGACAUCGAAAUAAUACAAAAGGGGCUUUUCAGCAUGACGCAAGCCCUGGAGAAAAUGAAGAACCAGAGCAUCGUCUGCAAAGAACUGAUUUCUCUGUUCACGGAGCUCGACAAGAAGAUCAUCCACAUGAGCAAUAACGUGCCCCCGAGGUUGGUGGAGCACUUUGCUAGGUCUCAGCCCCAAGAGAGCAAGGCCCCGAUAAUAAAAUUAAAGAAGACCUCCGAGGUGAAACAGCCUGAGGCAAAUCUUAUCACCAAUGACAUGGCGAUUACUGAGAUAAAGGACUGUAGGAAGGCCCUCUUCAGAGAGGCUGAGGAUACCUACAGCAUCGAUCCACUCACCCAGGAGGAGUUCCAGAAGAUCCCGAAGUACAUGAUUGGCCGGCAGACCCUGGACACUGUCAAUGCAUUCGUGGGGAUAAUUAAUCAGGUCAUGAAGGCCAAGUACAGUCUACUUGACUUGGGGAAAAUUGGCGCCAGGAAGAAGGGCGAGUUGGAUCUCUACUUGCAGUUUAAGAAAGAGGAGAGCGAUGUCAAGGGCGCAGGAAAAGAGAAAAUUUACUUCUUCACUGCUGAGGAUUAUCAGCGGGAGAUCAAAGCAAAACUCGAUAAAUCAAAAUUAAAUCUCAUGACGGUAUUGAGGCACUGCAAACGAAUUCAUGAGCUUCGAACUGGGAAAAACGUCAGAUAUCAAGUCCUGACGACUCGCUGAAUCCUCUUUUCUUACUUUUACACUACCGUGAUUGUAAAUUGAUUAAAAUAAUCAUUUCUGUAAAAAGUAUCAUUGAACAACUGCUUCUAAAACUUUUCUAAUCAAUUUUAAGUGUGAAGGGUAAAUGGUGUGAAUAUGUAAUAAAUGUAAUUGCAACGUUUUGCUAAUUGAAUAAAUAAUUUUUCACUCAA